UAUACAAGACCGCAUAGAGAUGGCCAUGUAACCAACACUGCCAGCCCUUAUGCAAGCUCCGCCCACUUAGGUUUCAUAACAUUGGCUGUUAAGGUGUGAAGUUAUUAGUUUAUUACGGAACACUUUACGAAGCUUGCGAAACUCUGUCAUAUCUAUUUGGAAUGUUUUGAGAGAAGUCGCGCAAAGACGAUUUUCUGAACAUUGAUAGUUCCAUCUACUCAAGUCUAUGUCUUCGAAGACCAUCUUGAGGAAGGGAACUCAUCUGCUCCAAGGCCUGUCCCAUUUCACCAGACAGCGGAGAUUACUGCCAGGGGUCACCCUCACUGCUGCAGCCUCCAUCCUUGGUUGGUUCGUGGUAACAAACCUGCACCCGAAGACCCAAGACCAACUGUCGGCAUCCUCAGUCCACACAUCAUCAGAGAAAUCAACCUAUUCAGACAGUACCAUGCCGAACAUGAACAAGAAGAGAGAGGAAGCCCUAUACGGCAUGUUCAUAGGCGAUUCUCUAUCAAUGCCUGUCCAUUGGUAUUAUGAUGUUGAUAAUAUCAAGAGAGAUUUUAAUGGGUGGUUGACUGGUUUCGAAGCUCCUCGAAAACGACAUCCAACUAGUAUCCUGACCAUAUCAGCAACAGGUGGUGCCGGGAGAUCAACAUUUAGUGGGAAACAGAAGAGUAUUAUUGGUGAUAUCAUUUUACAUGGCAAGCUGCAGUACUGGACUAAGAAUGACAGAUCAAUCCAUUAUCAUCAAGGAAUGGCAGCAGGUGAUAACACACUAAACGUUCAUUGUGCGUUGAGGGCAGCAAUCCAAGCAUCUAAAGACACGGACGGGUCAGAUGAUGUUAUCUUAACCUCCAUCAUGACGGACUACGUCCAUUUCAUGACCACACCCAACACCCACAACGACACCUAUGCAGAAUCCUACCACAGAGAAUUUUUCAAGAGCUGGGAUGCUGCUGGUGGCCCCACCCAACCAGAGGAAGUGAUGUCAUUUGUGGACAAACGGAUAAAAGACCUCGAAAACAAACAUCUUGAUCACAAUAUUGAUGGAAUAGGUGCCCUGGUUCAGCCAAUCCCUCUUAUCAUCCAGAAUGCUAACAAACCAUUAGAUGUGGCCGCAAAGCAAGCUGUGAGAUUGACCCGCAUGACCCAUGCCUCUGACAACCUUGAUCCCUUCGUUGAUGUCUAUGCUCGUACCCUUCAUGGUGUCCUCAAUGGGCAAAGCCUGAGAGAGAAAAUCAAUGAAGCUCUUCUGUCGCCUCCCGUUGGUAAUUUCAGGCUGCCGACGCUAUUUGAAGAAUACUCCAAGAAAGCAAGAAAGUAUGAGAAGGGCUCAGAGAAGAGGUUACAAAUCUACCAGUCUGUUGUUAGUCAGUUGGGUUUGGCUUGCUACAUGAAAGGAGCUAUGACAUCCAUGUUUUUCCUAGCAUAUGAAUUCCAUGACGACUUUGAAGGUGGUGUUUUAGCGAACACAAACUGCGGAGGUGAGAACUGCAACCGAGGCGCCGCCCUUGGGGCUCUUCUCGGAGCGGAAGCAGCACGGACGGGAAAGACGAUACCGGAUAGAUUCAAAUCUGGAUUAAACAUUCUAAAGCCUGGUAUACAGUCAGUAGUCGAAUCAUGGUGAUGAAUAUUCAAGAUAGAAAGGGGGAGGGAAAAAUUAUUUUAGGGGCAAUUCCAUAAAAUAUGUAUGCCCGACCCCCUAUAUGUGGGACUUUAAUGAAAUUUUCUGUUUCUGAUUUCUUGUUCUUUUGACAGUCUAUAAUGCUCUCAAAUGACCAGUCAGUUUAUGAAGUGAAGUAAAACUUGAGAAAAAUGGGGGUCGGACGAACAGAAAGGUCGACUAUUUUAUGGAUUUGCCCUAAGGUAAAGCCUGUUAAAACAAAAUUUUGUUUUGAAUAAAAAAUCAAGUUUGGCAAAACAUAUUGCUGGACAGUUCAUCCCAAUUGGAUUUGACCUUUGAACUUUCACAUCCUGAGGAGCGUUUCAUCGACAUUUUUGCUAGGCAAGUUUUCAGAUCUGGGGUUCAUUGCAGAAAGAGUUGCGUUUAAACGCAUGUCAAAGAAUCAAUCGCAAGUCCCAAAUGCGCGCUGUUGAAAAUUAAGUUGCGCAGGAUUUUUAGAGUUGCGAUUUAUUGCAACUUUUUCUGCAAUGGGCCCCUGAUCUUGGACGUUUCUCCUUGAUUCUGAUUGGCUGAGAAGCACUAUUACUAUGGUAGCUGUCGGAUAAAACAGGACUUGUCCGAUUAAACAUCCGACAAGUCCUUUCGGGGAAACGCUCCCCUGGUAGGAUUGCAAGUGACGAAACUGUUGAUAUCACCCACUCACUAUUCCUUUGUGAAUAUGUCAUUGUUGCAUUUCAAUCAGGAGCUACUACUGGUUAAAUCGACAACAAAUCAUGCAAAUCAAAUGGUGAAUGUACAAUAUGACAUCAUCAGCUUUCUCAUUCGCAUAUCAACAGCCUUACAUGUGCAUACAAUUGUUAUGUGGAAAUCUUGAUUUUGACAAAAUCUUCUAAUUUUUCUUUGUAUUCAUACAUUCAAUGGUUUCUUGAAAAUUUAGCAUGCUUAUCUUUGUUAACGAAGGACACGUGUAAAUUUCCUGUAAAGAAAAUAUGACAUUUAUGGAUUUCCAUACAUUUUGGGUUAAUGGAUCAAUCAUAAUUCUUUGUUAAACAGGCCCUAAUUUCUCCUGGGUUCGCGCUGUUCUGAUUCAUCCCACGAUGAAAACAGCCAGUCUCUUCUCAACCCCACUUGCUAACUAGGGUUUAAUACUCCACAUUCCUUGAUGAUUGGAUGUUUUUUCUUCUUCUACAUGUACAUGUAUUUGCAUGUUUGGCACGUGCUACCUACAUGUACAUUGUUAAUAAAAACUUUGUUGACGUGCAAGGAAAAGGACACUUUCAUGAUAAUCAUUAUCGGUGGUGCAUGUUCUCUGAAACACUUGAAUUGCAAUAUCUUGAGGAUGGUAAUAGUUAUUAAUAAUUUAUAUUUUUGUUCUUUUUUGUACAUUUAUCUAUAUAUAUUGUAAAUCAUGAAAAUGUUUCAAAUUGUUAGAAUGCUGGCAUUUACAGCAUAUGUACUGUAUGUACACAUAUGAUUAUGCGAAAUUCUUAAUAAACAUGUCUUAUAUUUCACCAUUUUCUCGGAUUGAUAAUUUGCUACAAUUUUAUUGGCUCCUCAAAACGUUUGAAAUGUUUCAAUUAUUUCUAAUUUCUAAUUCUUAUUUUUCUCUUCUAGAAAUGUAAUACCCGGUGAUAAAGACAAUUCAAGUUCCUUUUUAAAUGAUAUCCUAUUGUUAAGAUAAGGCAUUUGGGGGAAGGCGGUACGUGCAUUUCAAACUGUAGAUCUAACUUCACGAUGGUCACCAGUAGCUUUGACGAGUAUAAUUAACAUGUUUUUGAGCUGUUGAGUUGCUUUGCAGCCUAUCAAUGUUGAAUUUAUCUUUCAUUACAAGCAUUAUGCCUUCAAUUAAAACAUAUAAAUCCCUGUUAAAUUGCAUGUUGGCAAUUUUUAGAAACAAAUUUUGAUUUACAUGUACAAUAAUUUUCAGUCAUAUAUGAUAUGACACAUGUAUUCAUUUUAUAAAAGUAUGAAAAUAAGUAGAAGAAUGGCAUUGUUGCCAAUUUGAGGAUCAAUUAAACAGAUUAUAGCUUAUGAAAGCAUUGUACCUCUACUAUGUGCUACAGAGAUGCAUACAUGUAUAAUACAUGAAUUGUGCUGAAUUUACCAAGUGUGUGCCUGGGCCCGUUUCAUCAAGUCUUGUUAUAAUAACAAAUGCACAGUCUCUACAACAGGUUUUCUUUCAGCCAAUCAGAUUGAAGGAUUUUGGUAGCUUAAAACUGUUAUUGAAAAUUAGUUAUUAUAACAAGUUUUAUGAAACGGUACCCUGAUCAGUACUGAGAUGAGAGACCAAUAACUAUCAAUCUUUGAUUUUCAAAUUGUUUGAAGGAAUUUGAAUUUAGGUGCAAAGUUUUUAAGCUAGGUCAAAUACUCAAAUUGGAGAGAAUUUUUUUUUUACCAAUGCAAAAUUUCAAGUGGAGGUAAUAGUUUGCAAUGCUUGAAUGAAUUUGUAUUAAGUGCUCUAUAAAUUGUGCAUGUUAUUAUUCGUCAUAUUUAUAUCUUAGCAAUUUUAAUGAUGGUGAUGCAAGCAGUUUUAAUUGGUGAUUUACAAAAAAAAAAUUAUAUAUGCUGACUCAAUGAAACUCCAUGAUUACAGGAAUGAAAAAUGUAAUGGAUAGUUGAAUAAAGAAAUUUAUCUGCUUUCGUCAAUACCAAGUUUUUGAGUGGCAUAUGCUCAUGCUCUUUUGUAGGAGGUAUCGUUUGCAAGCGUGUUGUUACAUGCCCCUUCAAGAUAUGCAGGCAAGUAACAGGGGCCGUAGAACCGGAAAACUUAAGCCCCACCCCCCCUUUUCAGUAUUAACCACGUUCAGGAACAUAAAAUUGACCAUCACAUGGCCACUAUAGACUCAGCCCCCUCUUCCUCUUUUAAAAUCAUUCCAAGGCCAGCGGAACUUAUUAAUUUUGUACAAAAAUGAAAUCCUAUUUAAGACUUUGUACUACAGCACAUUUAUUUUGUCUUUUCAUGUCUAAUAUAAAAGUGAAAACAUUGUUUUUUGACCCACCUACAAUUUAGUAUAUUUAGUAUUGUAUCUGUUAUGAAGAAACUCCUACUUGUUCUCCAUGAAUUUUUUAAUGCAUAUCAUAGGUAUAGUAUACAUUAUGCGUAUUGUUUAUUAACCAGUUGUGUGUAAUAUUUUAGAAUUUGUGUGUGUUGUUUGCAAAUGGCAAUAUAAGUAUGGUAUCUGUUUUUAAUUUUAUUAAUUGAAUUGUGGAGCUCAUUAGAGUUUACAUAUGAAGGCAUUGAUGAAAUGUAAAUUAUGUUACAUUGAUAGUGUAAUGGAGCUAUUUUUAUGAUUAAAUAUCAAAUUCUUUGA